AUGGCAGUCGGCCACCCCAUCCGCCUACGCCGGGCCCUCAGCACCGCAACGACCAAAUCCCGCUCCCUUUCCACUCCCCGAUUCUCCAUCCUCCAACUCCAAGUCCUAGUGCACUUAUUCCGCGUCGCCCUCUCCCUCGCUCUCCUACCGCUCGACAACACCAUCCUUCUCGCCGCCUACGCAGCAGGAUUCUUCCCCUUCUCUCUAACAGAUAGCAACAAAGCCGGCGCUCGCCGCCGCGCCGCGGCUCUCCGCUCCAGCAACUUCAAGCCCCGAACUGUCCUCGUCACGGGUAUCGACACACCGUAUGGCCUGGCCAUCGCGCGCGGAUGGUAUUACUCGGGCCAUCGGGUAAUUGGGGCCGAAGUGGUAGGUGGGGAUGAAUCGGGCGUGGCGUGCGGGGAGAGUAUGUCGCGGGUACUGAGCGGGUAUUAUCGCAUUAAUUCUACCACUAGCGCAAGCACCGCUACGAAGGGCUACGCAGCGCAAUUGUUAGACGUGGUGAUGAAAGAGAACGUGGACGUGUGGAUCCCAUGCUGCGAAGAGACGGAAGGGGAAGAGGAUGCCGUCGCGAAGGGAGUGAUUGAGGCGCGGACGGGGUGUAAGUGCGUGACGCUUGAUCGGGGAAUGGCGGAUAUACUCUCACAAUCCUCAUCGAACCGGGAAGCUUUCCUGGCGUUUUUGGUCGAGAAGGGAUUACCUGUUGUGGAGAGACACGAGGUGCUGUCUCGGGAUGCGGUGCAUAAGAUCCUCCAUCGGUCGCCGACCAAAGUGUGGAAUAUGCGGAGGGCGGAUGAGAGAGAGGUGAUGCUGCCGAAACGGACUCUUAGUCUGACCUAUUCCGAGGUCAGUGAGAUUCGCAUCUCCAGGGAGAGGCCGUGGAUGUUGCAGCAGCAGACGAGGUUGGGAGGGUUUUAUGCCGAGAUGGCGGUCGUUGCCGGGAAGGUCAAGGCGACUAAGAUCUACCCCGCUGAGGAGGAUGGAGACGGUGGUUGGGGCCAAUCACCGAUGGACCGCGGGCUGGCGACGGCGAUUCAGGCGCUGAUGGAGCGGUUUGCCAGCCAGAUGGGCGCCCGGUUGACGGGGCAUUUGCGGUUGAAGGUGAUGGUGGAUGAGGAGGUGAGCGACAAUUCUCUGCGGUAUGUGAUACUUAUUGAUAGCUGCACGCAUGGCGCGUCGGCGGUCAAGUACCUCAUCUUGGAGGACGAUUUGAAGACUCUGGUAGACGGAUAUCUGGAGGCGUUGACGCCGCAGACGAAUGGUGUCGCCGAGGGGGAGGCUGUGAUGAAUGGCACAGCGGGUGCUGCGUCUGCGUCUGCGUCCUUGAAGGCGGAUAUCACUACGCCUCCUCCGCGUCAACGGUUCAGUCUGUUUCGCACGGCGAAGAAAGCCAAUGUGAAGGUAUUUGGAUCGCUGGGGAAGCAGGUUGAUCGUGCUCUUCAUGAGGGGAGUAAGCUCCUGUUCUUCUGGAAGAAUCAGAAGUUCUCGCAGCUGGAUCCGUUGCCGUGGUGGUGGCAUGCUCAUGUCUAUCAGCCUUUGAGGGAGUUGGAGAUGAUUGUGAAGCCGAAGAGAGUGAAGAGGGCGUGA